UCAUGAACAUCUUAUCCCAUACUGAAAAUCCCUUUUCGAGUUGUACCCCAAAAAGUAAAAAAUUUAUCGACUCUUAUGCCCCCUCUCUUUUUAUCAACAGGCUUCAUCUCUAUAUCCCCCAUUUUUCUUUCCCUGCCCGUUUUUAUAGCCCAGUGAAAAGCUUGGGGCCACAAAUGAAUUAUUUGUUGUCUGUCAGCAGUUCUCUCCUUCCAUUUCUUUUUCCCUCACAUUCCCUUCCCCUCCCUUCCCUUUUUUUCCCUCACCAAAAUUUUGCUUUUCCUGCUUUUCCCAGCCGUCCAUGACGGAUCGAGAGCGAAAGGAAACAAGAAAAAAACUCAAAAAAAAAAAAACGAAACCGUUGUUGGGGGCAAUGUCAUCAGCAGUACACUGUUCUAGCUUUACAAACAACAGUUAGGCUUAUAUUUAGGGGUUGGUGUGAAUUCCUUUUUCUUUUAUCUUUUUUCGAGAAUGCACAUUUUGCCAAAAACACAUUUUGCCAAUAAGGCUAAAACUCCUCAUUUUGUCAACAACCUAUUGGCAAAAUGGGGGAUUUUACCCUUAUUGGCAAAAUGUGUUUUUGGCAAAAUGUCGUGCAUCCUUCUUUUUUUGUGUUUUUUCUUAGCUUCUUUUCCAAGCUUCUUAUUUUUAUUUUUUCCCUCGUCAUCCGUAUCAGUAAAGUCCUAUAGUUUACGGCCAACAGAAAAAAAACAUCCUUUUGUUAGAGUAAUAUAUCUAUUGCUUAUAAGCAACGACUUUGUAACUUGCUUGAGAAAAGUCUCGUUUUUUUGUGUGAUGAAUGCGUUAAAGCCGAUGAGUGAAAAAAAAAUUUUUUUUGGGGGGAAGGAUAUGUAUGUACACACACAUUUUGUAUUAAUUUACUAA